AAUAUUCAGCUAUAUAGCCAGUCACAAGCAAACAUCAAGCCGGACCGUGAAUUCGCGAAGAACCCUGCUUGGUUAGCCUCUACUGCUGAAGCAUCCCGUUUUGAAUUUCCGAGCAGACAUUUUUGCUGGUACAUUAAAUUGUCAAGUCUAUCAGUUACCGUGAAGUGUCGCUUGGCUUUCUUCGGGUUUUGUUUGGUAAUUCAGACGAAUAACUAAGAAAAUGGCUGACUGGAGAGAUCGUGAUGAUUCGGACCGCGAUCGCGGUUACGGUGGUGGUUCCGGAUAUGACCGGGAGCGUCGUGACUACCGCAGCGGAGGAGGUGGUGGAUAUGGCGGCGGUGGUUACCGUUCCGGAGGAGGUGGAGGUGGAGGUUAUGGUAACCGCGAUGGCGGUUACCGCUCCGGUGGUGGAGGGGGUGGUGGUGGUGGAUUCCGUAACGGCGGAGGUUCGCCACGAGGCCCUCCCAGGAUUGAUCCGGCCAACUCUAAAACAGAAACAUUCGAAGUCGACGCCGAGAAGGUCAAGUUCAUUAUUGGCCGUGGCGGAAACAAAAUCCGGGAAAUUCAAACCCGUUGCCGGGUGUCGGUGCAGAUAGACAAACAACGGAAUGAAAACGGUUUGAACAACGUUUCCGUCUCUGGUGACCAGUCCAGCAUCGACCGGGCCCGGGACAUGAUCGAACGAAUCAUCAACGAUGAUCGUGAUCGGGAAGAACAUCGAAGGGACUAGAAGGACAAUAUCUGACCUAGCAGCGCUACGAGUUUUCUUUAACUUGUGCGAAGAAUUCUCUUUCGAAACACGAGAGCCCCUUUAAUCAGUGCUUAAAUGAGAACAGUUUUAAAACCAGAGAAGGACACCCAUAACAGAAUAGUAAAGAGGAAAAAAGAUAAUUUGCAUUUAUUUUUUCUUACACCCUAAAAUAGCGUUUAGUGUUAGACGAUAGGAGAACAAAAUCUACGAGUCUGCAGCAACAGAAACAGUCAAACCUAAGGGAAACCGUCUGCUAUUUAAAAAUUUCAAGUGUUAAACGUAUCACCCGAUCCCGUAUUUCCUCAACUUCCAAGAGUCCAGCGGCUCAUAUCUUUAACUCAGUGAUAUGAAUAACAAAAUAUAUAUUUGCAUAUUCCGCCGAGUUCCUACCGAGUUAACUCGAACAUAAGAUAAAACAAUUAAGCGAAAAGCAAAUAAGGUGGCAAAUGGGUCGGAAUACAUUUACAGCCAUUUAUAUCCCUAGAGGACUAAGAUCGAUGCAGCGGUGUAAAAGUGAAUGUAAUCAUCGAUCAAGCAAAUCCAAUCGCAUGUAAACUACAUUGAACAGUACUAAACGGAACGAGAAAGAAAGUUUGCAAUAGUGUGACAAAGACAUAAACAAAACAUGAGCAGCCUAAACCUAUCGCAAGGAGUAACAAAAAGUUGACGCAAAGAUACAAAUCUCAAAGUAACAAAACAAAGCAACAACCACAACAAUACAAUUCGACCGAUUCUUCAGUGAUUAACACGAAAAGCUGUGUGUCUAUUGUCAAGUCCGAUGUAUCAUACAUUCCUGAGCGCUUGUCGCUUUUGGAAAUAGAUAUCGCUGGGAAGUUCUGUGUUUUCUAAGGAUUGGUCAGAUUUACUUUUGUCAUUACUAAUGUGAAAAAUGUUUUUUUUUAUUAUUUUCUUUCUUUUUAUUUGAUGAGAUUAAAGCUGAAACUGGUAACGAAUGAA